ACCCAGGAUCCGGGACUUGGGAAACCAGACGUUUGACUGUAUCCUUCCCGCCCAAGGACUGCGGGCCGUUGAGACUUUAAAUGCAGUGUGAAACAAGUUGUUCCGCAAAGUUUCCAUCGGUUGGUGAACCAAUUUUUCCGUCGAAGGUGGAUUUUCUACCGGUUCGUUUCUACGAACCGACCGGUAUUAUCGUCGUCCGGGGAGGGCACAUUCGAGCCAAACUCCCCGAUCCGAGUUGAACGCGAUUCUCGCGCCGGAUCUGCUGGAUUUUCCCAGCCUAACCUCCCAUGCGGCCCAAAUGAAUCGCGAAACCUGUUCCGCCAGACGACCUCACGACUCGCGCACACAGAAACACCCUUCACGCGUGUAAAAACAUUACAUCGUUCGGGCGUUGGUUUGUUGAUGUUUGUGCGCGAACCAGUCGUGUUUCGCCGAACGCGGUCGCGCUUGGCGAGUGGGGAUAGCAUCUAUAAAAGCAUGCGCAACCGACUUUACUUCGUGUAUUUUACAGUCGGCAAUAAGCGCCAAAAGAGUGCUCUACAACGUGCAACGCGGUUCGUACCGUUCGAUUUGACGGCAGUGACAGAGGAAUUAUCUCCACGAUAAAGCGCGUGCGAAUCGAAUCGGCCUCGUUUCAGCGCAAAACUACCGCAAGGCAAGCGUUUUGAAUUACGCAAUAACGGCUAACGCGAGUGAAGAGACGGUGACAACAAAUAGUAGCAGUAAAAUGGUGAUAUCUACCAAAAUUCGUACCAGCAGCAUCGGCAGCAACAUUGACGGCAGCAUUGACGCCAAGUUGGCGAAUAUGUUCAUCGACACAAGCGGCAAGGGAACCUCCGUUGGGAUGGUGGCGGAACCGAUCGGUGCAACCGUCCGGCGCGCGCUCGUUGCCGCGAACCGCGAGGACCGUGCCAUCGUCGGAUUGUCCGAAUCGAUAAACGCCCUCUCAAAGACGCCGGAAGAUUUUCUCUUCUGCUUUCUGGCAGCUUCGGGAAACCCGGCCAACCACAUGCAUCAGGUGCUGCUGGAGGCGUUCUGUUUCGAGCAUGACAUUUACAUAAUUAAGGUCGAUAGUGCGGAAAAGUUGAGCCGAAUGCUCGGCACACAGCGCGUAGAAUCCUGCGCCUUGCUGCAGAAGAGCUGGCCUGCAGGAUGCGCGGAAACCGUCACCGAUGUGGAGGACCAGCUUGUCGACUACUGCGAGGAGCAUUGGGAAUCGCCAAUUAAGCCAAUUAUCAAGCUACCGGAAAAGUAACCCCGCCACAGGCUCAGUAUCCUAGUGAUGACGUGAAAAUUCCCCAAAAAAAAAUCUUUGCUGAAGAUGCAAAGUGCCGUGCGUGGAGACGAUUACUCCUGACCAUUCUUCGGUUCCAUCGGAAUGGUGGUGGACAGAAAAGAUCCGAGCAACGGAAAGUGAUCGGUGCAGCGCAAGAGACAAUGGUGCUAAUAUCGAACGAGUUCAAAGUGGUUUCAUUGCACUGAAACAAAUCGGAGAUGGAUUAUGUUAUACACGAUCGUUUCGCUACGGCCAAUGUACGAUCGUGGAGGCAGUGCAGCAAAUGUGAGAUCAACCAACGAAUUCGGCGGUGAUAAAACGUUGCUCUCAGUGAUCACAAACUUACAAUCAUAACAACUUUUGAGCUAAAGGACGUUUAAAUAUUAUGUACGACGGUUGUGCUUUGUUACAGUUGAAGACUAUGCUACGUUAUUUUAAACAAGUUGCGUGUCAUGUAAGAGGUGGCUAAAGGACUGUGCAACACAGCAGUGUAUGCGUGUAGAAAGGCAAACAUCACAUUUAAGUUCUUUAAAGCGACUUUGUUUAGUAUCUAAAUGGCUGGAGAACUAAAGGAAUUAAGAAGACCUGAAAUAAAUCAAAUGUACUGCAUUGGACGAAAUAA